AAGGUUCCCACAGAUAGAGUCGGCCUCCCCGGCACCCUUCUCUUCUGGCUUCCUCGCUGCCCACCCUCAUUCUCCGAGUGGAAGCACUGCAACGAAAGGCCGGAGCGGUCUUUCUGCUCGCGAGCUGCUUCACCUGCUCGCAGUUCCGCCCGCCCCGCCCCCGGAAGUGACGGCAGCCGCGGGGACCUCCCUUUGUCCCGUCGGGCAUCGCGGCGACGGCGGGAAGAUGGCGGCGGCGGGUUCCCUGGAUCGGAGCUUCGUGGAGCUAAGCGGAGCAGAGCGCGAAAGGCCGAGGCACUUUCGGGAAUUCACAGUCUGCAGCAUUGGGACUGCAAAUGCUGUGGCUGGCGCCUCAAAAUACAGUGAGAGCGCGGGAGGCUUUUACUAUGGGGAGAGUGGCAAGUUGUUCUCCGUCACCAGAAACAGGUUCAUUCAUUGGAAGACCUCUGGAGAUACAUUGGAGCUGGUGGAGGAGUCACUGGACGUAAAUCUGUUGAAUAAUGCUGUUCGCCUAAAAUUCCAAAAUUGCAAUGUCUUACCUGGAGGGGUUUAUGUCUCUGAGACUCAGAAUCAUGUGAUAAUCUUGAUUUUAACCAAUCAAACAGUGCACAGGUUACUUUUACCACACCCUUCCCGGAUGUAUAGGAGUGAGUUGGUAGUUGAAAGUCAGAUGCAGUCAAUAUUCACUGACAUUGGAAAAGUUGAUUUCACAGAUCCUUGCAACUAUCAAUUAAUUCCAGCAGUACCUGGAAUAUCUCCUAAUUCUACCACCUCAACAGCCUGGCUUAGCAGUGAUGGAGAGGCCCUGUUUGCUUUACCAUGUGCUUCUGGGGGAAUCUUUGUUCUUAAGCUACCUCCUUAUGACAUACCUGGUGUGGUGUCAGUUGUGGAACUGAAGCAGAGUUCAGUAAUGCAACGAUUGCUUAUAGGAUGGAUGCCAACAGCUAUCAGGGGUGACCAGUCGCCUUCAGAUCGUCCCCUCAGUCUUGCUGUUCAUUGUGUGGAGCAUGAUGCCUUCAUCUUUGCUCUGUGUCAGGAUCAUAAGCUACGAAUGUGGUCUUACAAGGAGCAAAUGUGUCUCAUGGUAGCUGACAUGCUGGAAUAUGUCCCUGUGAAGAAAGACCUUCGACUCACUUCUGGGACUGGACACAAAUUACGGCUUGCUUAUUCCCCUGCCAUGGGACUCUACCUAGGCAUAUACAUGCAUGCACCAAAACGAGGACAGUUCUGCAUUUUCCAGCUGGUGAGCACUGAGAGUAACCGCUAUAGUCUAGAUCACAUUUCUUCACUAUUCACUUCUCAGGAGACACUGAUUGACUUCGCCUUAACUUCCACGGAUAUCUGGGCCCUGUGGCAUGAUGCUGAGAACCAGACAGUUGUGAAAUACAUCAACUUUGAACAUAAUGUUGCAGGUCAGUGGAAUCCAGUUUUUAUGCAGCCUCUGCCAGAGGAAGAGAUUGUCAUCAGAGCUGAUCAAGACCCCAGAGAGAUAUAUCUGCAGAGUCUUUUUACACCAGGACAAUUCACAAAUGAAGCUUUAUGUAAGGCUUUACAGAUUUUCUGCCGAGGAACUGAGAGGAAUUUGGAUCUUUCCUGGAGUGAACUGAAAAAAGAAGUUACUUUGGCUGUUGAAAGUGAGCUUCAAGGAAGUGUAACAGAGUAUGAAUUCUCCCAAGAGGCGUUUCGAAAUUUACAACAAGAAUUCUGGUGCAAGUUCUAUGCCUGUUGUCUUCAGUAUCAAGAAGCCCUCUCUCAUCCUCUUGCCCUGCAUUUGAAUCCACACACAAACAUGGUGUGCCUGCUGAAAAAAGGGUACCUGUCUUUCCUUGUUUCCUCCUCUUUAGUGGAUCAUUUGUAUCUCCUGCCUUAUGAGAACCUUUUGACAGAAGAUGAGACAACCAUAUCUGAUGAUGUGGAUAUCGCUCGUGAUGUCUUAUGUCUUAUAAAAUGCCUGCGGCUGAUUGGAGAGUCAGUAACUAUGGAUAUGUCAGUUACAAUGGAAACGAGUUGUUACAACCUACAGUCUCCGGAAAAGGCUGCAGAGCAGAUUCUGGAAGAUAUGAUCACUAUUGAUGUAGAAAAUAUGAUGGAGGACAUUUGUAGUAAACUGCAAGAGAUUAGGAACCCUAUCCAUGCCAUUGGGCUACUUUUACGGGAAAUGGAUUAUGAAACAGAAGUGGAAAUGGAAAAGGGAUUCAAUCCAGCUCAGCCUCUGAAUAUCCGAAUGAAUCUUUCCCAGCUCUAUGGUAGUAGCACAGCAGGGUAUAUUGUGUGCAGAGCUGUGCAUAAAAUCGCCAGUACUCGUUUCCUAAUCUGCCGAGACCUUUUGGUUUUACAGCAGCUGUUAAUGAGGCUUGGAGAUGCAGUGAUUUGGGGAGCUGGUCAGCUCUUUCAAGCUCAGCAAGACCUACUGCAUCGAACAGCUCCUCUACUCUUAUCUUACCACCUCAUUAAGUGGGGAAGUGAGUGCUUGGCAACUGAUGUUCCACUUGACACACUAUCAGAAAGCACCUUUUAUGCCUUUAAGGAAUAUAUUCAACUGCUACAACCCUGGUGUCAAGUCAAUGUUGGUUCCUGUCGAUUUAUGCUGGGAAGGUGUUACCUAGUUACAGGAGAAGGACAGAAGGCUCUGGAAUGUUUUUGUCAGGCAGCAUCUGAAGUAGGCAAAGAGGAAUUUUUGGAUCGCUUGAUUCGCUCAGAGGAUGGGGAGAUCGUGUCUACCCCCAGGCUGCAGUAUUAUGACAAGGUUUUACGACUACUAGAUGUUGUUGGUUUGCCUGAACUGGUUAUUCAGUUGGCUACAUCAGCCAUAACUGAAGCAGGUGAUGACUGGAAAAGUCAGGCUACUCUAAGGACAUGCAUUUUCAAACAUCAUUUGGAUUUGGGUCACAAUAGCCAAGCGUAUGAAGCCUUAACCCAAAUUUCUGAUUCCAGCAGGCAAUUAGAUUGUUUACGGCAGUUGGUGGUAGUUCUUUGUGAACGCUCACAGCUACAGGAUCUUGUAGAGUUUCCUUAUGUAAAUCUGCAUAAUGAGGUUGUGGGAAUAAUUGAGUCACGUGCUAGAGCCGUGGACCUUAUGACUCACAAUUACUAUGAACUUCUGUAUGCCUUUCACAUCUAUCGCCACAAUUAUCGCAAGGCUGGCACAGUGAUGUUUGAGUAUGGAAUGCGUCUUGGCAGAGAAGUUCGAACUCUCUGGGGACUUGAAAAACAAGGCAACUGUUAUCUGGCUGCUCUCAACUGUUUACGACUUAUUCGUCCAGAAUAUGCAUGGAUUGUGCAGCCAGCAUCUGGUGCAGUGUAUGAUCGCCCUGGAACAUCACCUAAGAGGAAUCAUGAUGGAGAAUGCACAGCUGCCCCCACAAAUCGACAGAUUGAAAUUCUGGAACUGGAAGAUCUGGAGAAAGAGUGUUCCUUGGCUCGCAUCCGCCUCACUUUAGCUCAGCAUGAUCCAUCAGCAGUUGCAGUUGCCGGAAGUGCAUCAGCAGAGGAGAUGGUCACUCUCUUGGUUCAGGCGGGCCUCUUUGACACUGCCAUAUCACUUUGUCAGACUUUUAAGCUUCCCUUAACGCCAGUCUUUGAAGGGCUUGCGUUCAAAUGCAUCAAAUUGCAAUUUGGAGGAGAGGCAGCACAAGGAGAAGCCUGGGCCUGGCUAGCAGCCAAUCAGCUCUCAUCUGUCAUCACCACUAAGGAGUCUAGUGCUACAGAUGAAGCAUGGCGACUAUUAUCAACUUACCUGGAAAGGUACAAAGUCCAGAAUAACUUGUAUCACCACUGUGUAAUCAACAAGCUCUUAUCUCAUGGAGUGCCUCUGCCUAAUUGGCUUAUAAACAGCUACAAGAAGGUUGAUGCUGCUGAAUUGCUUCGUUUGUACUUGAACUAUGACCUUUUAGAAGAAGCUGUGGAUUUGGUGUCAGAAUAUGUGGAUGCUGUAUUGGGAAAAGGACAUCAAUACUUUGGAAUUGAGUUUCCACUGUCCGCAACGGCCCCAUUGGUGUGGCUUCCGUACUCCUCUAUUGAUCAGCUUCUCCACGCUCUGGGAGAGAACAGUGCCAACAGUCACAACAUCGCACUGUCGCAGAAAAUACUUGACAAAUUGGAAGACUACCAGCAAAAAGUUGAUAAGGCAACACGAGAUUUAUUAUAUCGUCGGACCUUGUGAUCCGGAAUGUUACCUAGCCUUUGUAACCGCUUGGUGCCUCUUAGGGCUUAAGACUACCCUACAGGAACCCUGUACUCAAGGCCGAUUUUUAUAACUAUAAAUCAUGUGUACAGCAUUCAAGCCCGCAUUCUGCACAAGAUAGGGCGGAAGAGUCAGAGGACCCUGUACUUGCUGGUGGUGCUAACACAAUUUCUGGUGUUCAACCUUGGUCUCAAAUAGCUGCUUUUGUAUAUGAUUCACAAGCUUUUUUAGAGUUUAUAUUUUUUUAAACUACCGAAGACAUUCUUUAUCUGCAAAUUAAGACCCACCUUCACUUUCCAAAAUAGCUGGGGGUUGUUGGCUUGUUGUAGCUGACCACCAAAAACAGUCACGGCAAAUCUUUUAAUUCUUCCAAUCACCUUUUGUAUUUUAAUGCAAUUAUUUUGGUCCAGAACUGACAUGUAUUUUCUGUAUUGCACACAGAGGCUAAUGAUUUUGCGUACUCUUUUCAUUAUUUAUUUUGGAGGUUUUGUAUGAUCUUCAAUAAAGUAUUAAAUAAUUUGCCUAGAUUAAGCCUAAAAUGAUGACCAGCUGUUUAAAGAAGAUAUUUUGAAUCUGGUUCUGAGCUAAAGUUGAGUAAAUUCUUAGCUAAGAAAAAAUUGUAUCCAUCAUCUAUAUUAGCAACAGAUUCUCAGAGUAAAUUGUUAACGUCUAUGAUUUAUGAUAAUCAAGCUGGACUUGAUCAUACAAGUUAGUCUAAUAAUGUAUUUGGACCAAAAUAUAAACUUUAUUGGUCAGAUUCAGAAGCAUUCAUGCUCACAAGUUUUGGGAAAGUGAAAAAUAAUAAAAUCAUCUUGGAUUUUAUUCUAUAUAUUAAAAUUUAUCUUUUAAGGAAACAAUCUGUAUACUACUUGCUUAUAUAGCCUUUUGACCCUUCUUGAGUUUUUCAUAAGCCUUUAAUUUUUAUACUUUCAAUACCAUAUUUACAUUAUAUACUUUAAUUAACAAUGUGAA